CUUCGUCUGGCUGCGACCUGUGGAGACUGGAGGAGUCCGAGCGAAGCGGAAGCGAUCGGCUGUCGCCUCAUCCCCGACCUCAGUCCAAAGGUCGAGCUUCCAAGAUCUAGGAUUUUUUGGGGGGCCUGAUUUGACGGCGUCGCUGCGGGGUUCCAUUUCUCUCUGCCUUCCAGCUGUGAGAUUCUUUUCCCUUGUCAGCUUCGCUCGUUUCGCAUGCUGGAUUAAACCCUAGGUCGUAACUUGGGCCAGAUUAUAUCUUACCAGGUUGAAGACUUAGCUGAAUCCUCUGGUCACCCACCUCAAGAUGUCAUUGCAUAUUGGAGGGCUUUCUUCAGCUGUGCAUGAAAAAGAUCUUCAACAUGUUUUCCAGAAGUUUGGACCCUGCACUGUGAGGAGGAUGAAAGAUAGAUAUGGAUUUGCAGUGUUUGAUGCUAGUGGUGAUGCAGCUCGAGCCUUGCGGCAACUGCAUAUGACAUUUGUUUGUGGAAGACGCAUAACUGUUAAUUGGUCAAAACAUCAGCCCAAUCAUUCUCGCAGAGUUAGGAGGAGUUCAAGACAGAUUAGGUCAUCUAAUGGAAGGGCGUCCAGAGAUGGUGUGGAUAAUUUUAGGUUAAGUGAGCCUGCAGGUCAGAAGAAUGACUCUACAAGUCAUGGUAUUAGUCUUAACCCUGUCGAUGGAGGAGAAGAGAAGAAUAACCAUAUGAGUCAUGAUAAGAGCCAUAACCCUGAUGAUAUAGUAGAAAAGGAUUCUGAUGAAAUUGCUGAGGGCAUGAAGGAAGCUGGAGAAAGUAUUGGUGAAGAUCCAGUUGAGAUGAAGAUGGAUGAUGGAGGUACUAGCGGUGCUAAUGCAAUUCAACAUGAUAGAUGGGGCGAGACUGGAAUAGGAAAUCAUGGUGGGGAUGAUGAUGAUUUUGACCGUUUUGAACCUUAUCAUGGCUACAGAAAGCGAGAAGAGAAGAAAAAGAUUGUUAAAGCAGAUCACAGACGGAAUUCUGAGAAGUGGCAAAAGCACCCUGCUGAGCGCUUUGACCAGAACCAUGGUAAAUCAAGAGCUCUUCCAACCUGCUACAAAACACUGGGAGAUGGAUUCAGUUUGAGAGAAAGAGAGGAGCUGAGGCUAAGAAAAUUCAGGUAUCCCUCAACGAGACGACCAGAAUCUCAUGUCGACCCAAUGACUCGAGCACAUCAUAGAGUUCAAGAUUUCAGGAAACCAUUUUCUGAUAGGACUGGGAGAGCGCCCAAGUUGAGUGAUGUGCCUAGAUUGGACAGAACACAUAUACCUCAGAGUGAAAACAUGGCAGAAGCCCCCAAGGAAGCGCAUAAUGGAAGCAAGUUGAAAAGAUCUCGUGAGCCAUCUCUCUCUUCUGAAAGGAAUUCCUCAUACUCAAGAUCUAGAUCUCCCUGUCCUCGUUCAAGAGCACAAUCCCCAUCUCAUUCUGCACAUUCUAGUUCUAAAUCAUCUCAGCCAACUCUGCCUGGAGGUUUAAAACUGGGGCCGAGAUCAAAUUUAAGCCAUCAUGGUCCGUUAUCAGUUUCUCUUUCACCAAAAUGUGACUCUCUGCCUGCUGCAUGGAAUAAAGACAGUGGUGUUCUGGUGAACUCUCCUCUGGAGAGCGAUUUAGAUAUCAAGGCAAGAUCUGAACUCAGACAUAUGGAUGAUUGCAAGCAAGAAGCUGAAGGGUCAAGAUUAAACUGUGAGGUUCCAGUUGUUUCAUCCAAGUUGGAUGCCCAAAGCAAUGGAGAUCUGCCUGUACCUGGUGUGGAUGUUAAGGUGUCAGGUCAUGCAGAGACCAACUUGCACAAGGACAUGGUUGAUGAUAUUGUUGGCGAUGCAUUGCUAGGUGAGACAACCAACCCUGUGGACGCUUUACCAGUGAAGUCAAACAUGGAGCAUGUGGUCAAAAAGGGGAGGAUCAUUUCCUUGAAGCUAACAACUAGUGAAGUUGUCUCAGCUCUAAAGCAUUAUGGAGUGGAAGCACGUGAGGUAGUCUUGUCGAAUCAAACUGUGGAGAACUACUUUGGUGCCGCGCGCCUGUGGCCAUGGGAAAUUAUUUACUACCGGCGGUGCAAGAAAGGUCCGAUUUCCACGGAGAACUAUGGUAAACGGCUUGAGCAGAACAAAGAGUUUGGUAUCGUCGAUCAGUAUGUCAGAAGCAGCAGUGGCUGGUGGGAGCGCCACUAAGGGUUGCAGCCCCAUCUGUUACCCAGAACUCGCGAAUAUGCAUUUUGAGGAUGACUAGGCUGGUGCCCCAGUUGUUCUGCUAUAGUAUCAUGCGGGUCUCCUUUAUUUUGAAUCUUGGUGAUCCAUGGAUGUUACUGGGUAGAAGUAGAAAGUAAAGAGGGUGGUUCCAUCGUAGGCUUAUGUUAGGUAAAAAACAUUUCAUGGCAUGGUUGCUGGGUACCAAAAUAUGAUGUAUGUUAAUGCUAUGCAUCGCCUUGAGCUUCCGUCAUGUCACACAGUGAUUACUGGGCAUUCACGUAUGCACUUUCCAUCUCAUGUCCCCUUUUGAGUUGCAAUGGUAACAAGGGUUUGUUCCAGUGUGUGUGCGUGUACUUGGGUGGUGAACAGACAUGUAAGCUGUUACUUUUGUGGUUCUAGUCUUGUA